UGGUGCAGUAGUCUGGUAGCGCCAGUCCGGGUCAGGCUGGGAGGCUACGGAAAACUUUAGUUUUUUGUCGGACAACUUUUGCUGUAGGACACCAAAAACUAUUGUUUAAAACAGUAAAAACUAUUUGGCUACUGGAAAUUAUUGUAAAACACUGAAGGAAACUAUAAUUUAAGGCUAAAAAGAAAUACUGUUGCUUAUGGUUAAUGAAAAUUGUUGCUUAUAGCUGGAUGUAACUGCUACUUAAUUCUGCAGAAAACUAUUGUUGAAGGCUGCAGAAAAACUGUUUUGACAGCAGAAAACAAUUGCAAGCACAGCCACAAUAGUUAAGUGGAACGCGAGUGUGAUCAAAAGGAACAUUAUACUGGAAACGAUCGUAAUAAAGAACACUGAACCUUAAUUAUUGUCAAGUGCCAGAAGGUGAUCUUCAGUGUAUAUAUAUAUAUAUAUAUGUAUAUAUAUAUGUAUAUAUAUUUACGUAGUUUCGAUCUUUAGUCUAUAUAUUCUACAUUUCUGCUGCAGCGACUCGAUCACAGAGGGCGGGGGUGCAAGAGGGCUGGAGACAUGACCAUCACAGGCUGUACGACGUCGCUCUCAGUCUCUCUCCUGGCCACCACUGUCAUACUAGUCUCCAGUCUGGCCCUGGCUAACGAUGCGUCUGAGUGGCCAGACGAGAUGCGGGGAGCGCCGCCCAUCCAGUACUCCACCCUCAGCGGCCCAGCCUUCCUCGUCAACUCCACUACCAUAGUCAGCGUCGUCGCAGGAGCCACAGCCCUCCUCCCGUGCGGCGUCAAGAACCUACACAACUACACGGUGUCGUGGAUACGGGGUAGCGACAUCCGGCUCCUCACCACCAGUUCAGUCACCUACACGUCAGACUCCCGCUUCGUGUCGGUCAAUCCUUCAGGAGGCGAGCAGUGGGCGCUGAAGAUUCACUACGUGAGGAAGUCUGAUGCUGGCUUCUACCUGUGUCAGGUGUCAACCACGCCCCCCAUCUCCCUCACCGUCAACCUUACUGUCCAAGAGGCAGUGGCCAGCGUACAGCCGGGUCGAGAGGUGUACGUACAGAGUGGGAGCCGGCUGGAGAUGGUGUGCCAGGUGGAGGGGUGUCCGGCUCCCGCCCUGCUGGCCUGGACCAGGGAUGGACACACUCUUCUUACCGCUGACUCUAACACCUACAACCUGGCCAGCGACAAUGGCACCACGCCCAUCUCCAACCUCACCCUGGCACGCCCACACGCCACACCCGCGGAUUCUGGCACCUACAGCUGCACCUCCACCUGUACCAAGCCCAUUAACGUCACCGUGCACGUGUUGAAAGGGGAGGAGCUGGCGGCCAUGCAGCACAUCAACACCUCCUCGCCCGGGGCUCUACCCAGUGGCGUGCUUGCUUCCUUGCUGGCGGCGGCCACGGUAUUGCUGCAGUGCUGCUGGCCAAGGAGUCUGCUGCUGCUGCCUCGCCCUCAUCCACUCACCCAGCCACUACCACCAGUCUGGGGACCCUCCACGCCCCUCUCCCAAACGCUGACAAUCAGCUGAAACGCUGAGGUUGGCGAGUGAGAGAGAGAAAAAAAAGACAGGCGAGCUGACGACUGUUCUUUCCAGGUUUGGCUGUGAGGAUGAGAUCUCUACAGCCUUCUUGCACAAAGAGGCUCACCGAACCCCCCCCCCCCACCACAAACGUGACUAACUCCCACAGCAUUACAUUUGAUGUUAAUUUUUUCAUUAAAUUUUUCGUCAUUUUUCAUAAACAGUGAGCAUGAUUUUUGCCAUUUACUAUAAUACGGAAUAAGUGUAAAAAGUAAACAUAUAUAUAUAUAUAUAUAUAUACUUGGUAUAAA